GAGAAGGACAUGAAACGAACCAACACCGGGUUCCUUACCAAAGGACUCAUCCGACCAUCCAUUUCGCCAUACGGUGCCCCAAUACUCUUCACACCGAAACCGGACGGAAGCAUGCGCAUGUGCAUCGACUACCGAGCUCUCAACAAGCAGACCGUAAAAAACAAAUACCCGAUUCCACAAAUCGAUGACCUGCUUGACCAGCUUUGGGGAGCCACGGUAUUUUCAAAACUAGAUCCGCGGUCCGGAUACUGGCAGAUAAGAAUGGCGGAUGAGUCUGUUCACAAAACUGUUUUCCGAACUCGGUACGGAUCGUACGAGUAUCUGGUAAUGCCGUUCGGACUCACCAACGCACCUGCAACGUUCCAAGCAGAGAUUAAUCAUAUCCUACGCCCACUCUUGGACGAAUGCGUGGUGGUGUACCUAGACGACAUUCUCUUCUACUCACGCGAUAUACAACAACACGUCGAACACCUGCGACGAGUCUUCGAGAUUCUUCGACGAGAACGCUUCUACGUCAAACUAUCCAAGAGCGACUUCGCCCUCGAGAAAGUCCAAUUCCUCGGACAUAUUGUAAGCGCUCAAGGAAUUCACGUCGACCCCAAGAAAAUCGAAGCCGUGCGUACGUGGAAGACACCCGAGAACGUGAAGGAGUUACAGCAGUUCCUUGGCUUUGCUAACUACUACAACAGGUUCGUGCCACAAUACGCGAAGAUCGCCACGCCACUCACGAAUCUGCUAAAGAAGAACACGCCCUAUAAAUGGGAGCCACAACACCAGGAAGCCAUGGAGCAGCUGAAACAAGCACUCACGUCCGCACCCGUACUCAUCUUGCCAGACCCCGAACGCGACUGCGUCAUCGAAGCUGACGCCCGCGACCAGGCAGUGGGAGCAGUCUUGAUGCAAGACCAAGGGAAUGGCCUGCAACCAAUUGCCUACCUCAGCAAAAAAAUACAUGGAGCAGAACUCAACUACCCGAUACACGACAAGGAGGCCCUUGCUAUCAUCAUCGCCUUCAAAACAUGGAGAUGUUAUCUCGAAGGACGCAAGACGACAGUCUACACCGACCAUUGCAGCCUAAAAUAUUUGAAGACGCAACCAAGCCUCUCCUGGAGGCAAGUCCGGUGGAUUGACUUCCUCGAGACGCACUUCCACUACGACGUCGUGUACAAGCCUGGCCACAAAAACAAAGCAGAUGCGCUUAGCCGGCCUGCACACGUUGCCCCUAUCCAAGUUGAAGGGAUGAAUCCACUCCUCAAGGGACUCUUCACACACGGGUUCACCAUCGACCCCGAAAUUCCCUUGGCAGAAAAGCGACAUCUGCUACAUUACUACUCGAAGAAUACCACGACGUCCUAUGACGUACAGAAAUUCGUCACCUCGUGCACUACAUGUCAGCGGAUGAUUCGCAGCAAGCAGAAAAAAGCAAGUCGGAUACAGCCUCUUCUUGUCCGGGAACAGCCAUGGCAAGUGGUAAGCCUAGACUUCAUCACCGGGCUACCAACUACCAAAAGCGGUCAUGACGCGAUCCUCGUCGUCAUUGACAAGUUCUCCAAGAUGGGACACUUCAUCCCGACACUCACCACAGCACGCACCGAGGAGACAGCACAACUCUUUGUUCGCUACAUCAUCUCACAACAUGGCAUUCCGACCACACUCAUCUCCGACCGAGACCCUAAGUUCACCAGCAAGUUCUGGAAAGAACUGAUGUCUCUACUCGAGACCAAACUCGCCAUGUCAUCCGCAAAUAGAUGGACAGACCGAGCGCCUCAACCAAAUUGUGGAACAACUCCUCCGUGCAGCCUGCAAGGACGACAUCUCCAAAUGGGACUCGCAUCUGCCCGUCCUAGAGUUUGCCUACAACAAUGCUACUCACGCCGCUACUGGACAGACGCCGUUCUUCCUCUGUUACGGACGCCACCCACUCACACCUCAACAGCCAAACAUACCAGCUACAGUCCAACCCGCUCAUGAUUUCAUCACAACCAUGCACAA